AUGCAAUCCUCCUCCCCCGAGGCCUACGAAGCCACCCACGUCCACUCCGUCUACAACGCCAUCGCGCCGCACUUCUCAUCCACCCGCCACAAGCCCUGGCCCCUCAUCUCCUCGUUCCUCACCUCCCAGCCCCCGGGCGCAGUCGGCCUCGACGUCGGCUGCGGCAACGGCAAGUACCUCCCCGUCAACCCCAGCCUGCACAUCUUCGGCUCCGACCGCAGCGACGCCCUCGUGUGCCUCGCCCGCACCGAGCGCAACGGCGAGGUCGUCGUCGCAGACGCCCUGAACCUGCCCUACCGCCAGCGCUCCGUCGAUUUCGUCAUCUGCGUCGCCGUCAUCCACCACCUGUCUACGCGGGAGAGACGCCAGGAGAGCAUCCAGGCCUUGUUGGAUUGCGUCCACAGCGGCGGGAGAGUGCUCAUAUACGCCUGGGCCUUGGAGCAGAGUUCGAGCCGUAGGGGUUGGGACGAAGGGUCGGAGCAGGAUACGAUGGUGCCCUGGGUGAUGCGCUCAAAGGGCAAGCCGGAUGAGACUUUCCAGCGAUACUAUCACUUGUAUCGCAAGGGAGAGCUGGAGGAGGAUGUGAUGGCGGCAGGAGGCGCAGUUUUGGAGAGCGGUUAUGAAAAGGACAAUUGGUGGGUGAUAUGUGGCACCCAAGACUGA